AAAAGAUCUUAAUUGAUUUCCUUUUCAUUUCUUUUGCUUGCCUUCACAUGAAUUAAUAGUUUAUUACCAUAUCUACUACGUUUAUUGAAUAUCUGUGCUGUUUGUGAUUAUUAUAACCUAUUAAGUUUAAUUGUCGCAACAUUUCUGCUAGGUUUAAUCAAUUUUUGUAAUCAAUAGUCAUCACCAUAACUUGCUGAUAAUAUGUCAACAACUUACACCAUUAAAGAACAAUUGGAGGGAUUCCCUCUAUUUCAGAUGAUAAUCAUCGGAACAUUACGUUUAAGUGAACCUAUAGCGUUCACAUCCAUGUUUCCCUAUAUAUAUUUUAUGAUUAGAAGUUUUGGAAUCGCCAAGAAUGAAGCAGAUACUUCAAGAUAUAGUGGAUAUUUAGCAUCAUCAUUCGCCUUUAGUCAAUUUAUUUCGACGGUCCAAUGGGCAAAGUUAUCAAAUAAAUAUGGAAGAAAGACUAUUCUACUUCUUGGUUGUUUAGGAACAGCUUUAUCAAUGCUAGUGUUCGGAUUCAGUAGCAAUUUCUAUAUGGCAAUGUUUGCUAGAUCAUUAAUGGGUUUGCUUAAUGGGAAUGUAUCCAUUAUUAGAACAACUGUUGGUGAAAUUGCUCAUGAAAAGAGACAUCAAGCUUUGGCCUUUUCAAACUUGACCCUUUUAUGGAGUCUUGGAAGGUGUGUGGGUGGAUGGUUAGGCGGGUUCUUAACUGACACUGAUAAAUUGAAUCUUUCAACGCAUGCUGGAGCAAAUGAUGAAUCAGGAAAGAGAUCAGGUGCUACUCCUAACACACCCUUUUUUGAUAAACAUCCAUUUGCUUUCUCGAACAUUAUUGUGGCUUGUAUACUAUCGUGCUUUAUCACCAUUGGAUUCCUUUUCUUAGAAGAGACCCACGAGGACUAUAAAGAUAAGAGAGAUAUCGGACUAGAAAUAGGUGAUGUCAUUAGAAAAAGAUUGGGUUUUCAAGUUCCUGAUCGUCCAUGGAAGACUCAAAGGUAUACAAAUGAUUUUGAACAGGCAGAACAUUUAAUUGAAGAUGAUGAAACUACUGAAAAUGUCGAGUUACAGCAAUUUUCUUAUGAUGAGGAGGGCAAUAAAAAGGAACAUAUUCAUGAAGACUUCAAUAUGAAGAAGGAAAACUCCGAAGAAUCUACUACUUCUACUGAUUCGACAACAUCCUCCUCCGCAUCUUCUACCAACGAGUCUUUGCACGAUACAUUUUCAAAUUUACCUACUCAAGUAGUUCAUAUUAUUUCCAAUGAUUUCAUGAUUAAAUUCCUGAACAUCAUUUAUGCAGAAUUCUUCCCUGUUUUCUUGGCUAAGGUAGUAAUGCCUGACGAUCUUAAGUUUCCUUUCCGAAUUAGAGGUGGAUUUGGAUGGAACUCUGAUGCAAUUGGAUGGUUGCUUUCAUUUACUGGUUUGUUGGGAGUGUUUGUUGUAUCAUUUUUAUUCCCUGUAAUAACUCGAUUCUUCCCUCCAAGAAUUGCUUACAGAAUAGGGUUAAUUUGUUAUCCUUUCAUUUAUGUCUCGAUACCUUUAUAUAUAUUUACAAUUCCAAAGUAUAAUUCAUCCAUUCCUCCAAUAGUCUCGAAAGUUUUAUUAUACUUCACAGCAUGUUUGACAUCGUUUUCGUCUUCAUUAACUGCUUCUCAAGGAAUUAUUUUAAUUCAUAGAGCUUCUCCUAAACGUCAAAGAGCCUUAAUCAAUAGUUACAAUAUGAGUAUUGCAGCCCUUUCAAGAUGUGCGGGACCCAUACUUUGGGGGUGGAUUAUUGCUCAUUUCGAAAUAAUGGGUUACGAAGGAUUUUCUUGGUGGUUACUUGGAAUUUUCUCUUUGGCAGCAUUCUUCUACUCCUUUAAGUUAACAGGUGAAGAGUACGAAGAAUGAUCUGAUUUGUUUUACUUCAUAAAUUUACCAUUUUAGUUCUUAUUCCUAUUUGAGAUUAUAUUUAUUAUAUUACUAGUAUAGAUAACUCUUUUACAUUUGAUUUCGAUUUGCGACUUAUAGACAUAUAUUUCACUUUUUCUUGGAUUUUGUAGUUUAUUUUCAAAAAUGAGUUAGCGGUGUUCCGCCCUACGUUUCAAAAUUCCAGAAACUUAUAUCCCAUUGUCUUGUGAAGCGGCUUUAAUAAACUGUAGAUGAAACC